AUGCUUCAUACAAAAUCUUAUCUUAAACGUACGAAAAAAGGAAAUGCCGUUAAAGUUGUUAAAGAACAUUAUUUACGAGAUGAUAUUGGCUGUGCUGUAGAAGGCUGUACAAUUUGUUCUUCUGACACAGCCCCGGUUCUAAAAUCAACCUCAACUUUAAUAACACAACUUGUUCCAAAACCUCAUUUUAUUAUACCUGAUACAAAUGUCUUUAUGAGACAGAUUGAUAUUAUUGGACAUGAAGCAAUUAAAAAUGUGAUAAUAUUGCAAACAGUAUAUGAAGAAUUACGAAAUUUAAACUCUUCAAUUUUUAAUAGAUUAAAAGAAUUGAUUAAAAUCCCUGAACGAUGUUUCUUUGUUUUUUCUAAUGAACAUCAUCGGGAAACUUAUAUUGAACGUUUAAAAGACGAAAAAUCAAAUGACAGGAAUGAUCGAGUAAGAGAAUAUGUUGAAAGCAUGACUGAAUAUCCAGAAUUGGUUGAUAUGAUUGGAAAUAUAUCUAUAUCUGAUAAUAAAGAUAAAAAAUUUGUUUAUGAUGAUUAUAUAGGUCAGAAUCAAAUAACAAAUGGUAUAAAAAACGGAACAUUACAUCAAGGAGAAUUGAAUAUCAGCACUCAUAAUUACCUUGAGGGAUCAAUUAUGAGUAAAAUUGAUGGAGAAGAAGCACAAAUAAUGAUAAUUGGACGCCGAUGUUUAAAUAGAGCAAUCCAAGGAGAUGUGGUCGUAGUUCAAUUGUUACCCAAAUCUGAAUGGCUUAAAUCUCCUACAGCUGUUGUAGUUGAAGAAGAUGAGGAAAAUAAUGUAAUAGCUGAUCUUAAUGAAAAUGGUGAACCGAAACCACAAACAGAUGAUCUUGAUAAUGAAACAAGCAAAUCAUUGCAACCUACUGGAAAAGUAGUUGGAAUUAUUAAAAGAAAUUGGAGAACAUAUUGCGGCUCUAUUAGUAAUCAAUCAGUAAAAGGUUCGGUAACAUCAUAUUCAUCAGAAAUUGCGUAUGUAUAUACUAUGGAUAGACGUAUUCCCAGAAUAAUUAUAAGAACAAGACAAGCUCAAAAGCUGAUAGGACAAAGAAUAGUUGUUUCGAUUGAUUCUUGGUCAAAAGACACAAAAUUUCCAACAGGCCACUUUGUAAAAGCUUUGGGACCUGCGGGGGACAAAGAGACCGAGACGAAUGUCUUACUUUUAGAACAUGAAAUUCGUUACCAAGAUUUUAGUCAACAGAUACUAAAAGAACUACCAGUUGAAGGUGAAAAUUGGAUAGUCAAGGAUGAACAUUUCAAAGGACGCAAAGACUUCAGAAAACUAAACGUUUGUAGUAUUGAUCCCCCUGGAUGUACUGAUAUUGAUGAUGCAUUACAUGUAAGAGAACUUCCUAAUGGAAAUUAUGAAGUUGGAGUCCACGUUACAUAUUUUGUUAAACCUGGUACUGCAAUGGACGAAGAGGCUUCAGUACGUGGAACCACAGUAUAUCUUAUCAAUAAACGUAUUGACAUGUUACCUCCAUUAUUAGGAACAAAUCUAUGUUCUCUCCACGAAAAAAAGGACAGAUUGGCAUUUUCUUGUGUUUGGGAAUUAAAUCAUGAAGCAGAGAUUGUUAAAGUGGAUUUUACAAAAAGUGUUAUUCAAUCAAAAGCAUCAUUAACAUAUGAAGAAGCUCAAUUACGUAUUGAUGAUUUUCGAUUACAGGAUGAACUCACAAAAGGUCUUCGAAUUUUAAAUGAAUUGGCAAAAAAAUUACAUAAAAAACGUAUAGAAGGCGGUGCAAUCACAUUAUCUAGUCCAGAAGUUCGAUUUCAAUUAGAUUUUGAUUCUCAAGAUCCUACUAAUGCAUUGGUAGAAGAAUUUAUGUUGUUAGCCAAUAUUUCUGUUGCCAAAAAAAUCUUUUCAAAGUUUUCUGCAUCAUCAUUGUUAAGACGACAUCCUCCAUUGACUACAUCAAAGAUGGCAAAUUUAGUUAAAGCAAUUACACCUUUAGGUUUAACUUUAAAAUUCGACACGUCAAAAGAACUGGCCGAUUCAUUAGAUGCUGCUAUAAUACCUGAUGAUCCAUAUUUCAACAAAUUAUUACGAAUUAUGACGACCAGAUGUAUGAUGCAAGCCAUGUAUUUUUGUUCUGGUACAGUAUCUCAACAAGAUUUCAAACAUUAUGGACUUGCAAUAGAUAUUUAUACACAUUUCACUUCUCCUAUUCGAAGAUAUUCAGAUGUUAUUGUACAUCGAAUGUUGGCAGCAGCUAUUGAUGAUAGUGAAAUUUAUGGAAAUGAGUUAACAGAUAUUGAAAAAAUACGAAUACUUUGUGAAGGUUUAAAUUAUCGGCAUAGAAUGGCACAAAGUGCAUCACGUAGUUCUGUUGAAUUACACACACACAUUUUUUUCAAAGGAAAAAAGGAAUCAGAAAAUGGAUAUGUAACCAAAAUACUAAAGAAUGGCUUUAUAGUUUUAAUUCCAAACUUAGAAACAUAUUCUUCUGACGGAAAGAUUAUUGGCACUAUUAAAUUGUUUGAUAAAGUAGUUGUAGCUAUUAGUGUUGAGGGUUCGGAUGGAGAUGGUGCAAGUGGUAUGAGACAAAAAUUAAAGAUGGAAUUAAUUUAUCCAGUAGUGCCCGGGUUAAGUAUUUCUUUAGAUAAUAAUGAUGAUGGUAUUGAUAAUAAUAGAGAGUAUUCCAGAAAAAAAGAUUUGACAGAUGUUGAAGAAGGGAAUUUAGGCAAAAGAUUGAAAAUUUAA